AAAAAAAAAAAAAAGAUAAGACAAAGAUUUUACCAGCACAUUUCUACUUCUUAUAUCAAAGUUGGGUUCUCUCUCGUUUCUUCAUCGCUUCACUAGCUACCCUGUUUCUUUUCUCAUUUUGAAUAGUUCUCAAACCUUUUUUUUCAUCCAGACACUACAAAAUAUAUAUUGCGAUUCCCUGGCAAUUCCCUAGUAAAUCGUCAUUUUCUAAUAUUUGCACUAGUCUCAGGAUCCAAAUGGUUUCAUCAGUUUCAAAGAGUACGUCCACUGAUGAAUACGACGACACCAUCCACAAGGAGAGAGUGUCUCAUCUUCACAGCCCCUACUCAUCAGUGAGUCAAGAGAGCAGAGUAGAGCAAACCGAUAAUUCUAAGAAGACCAAAAGGGUUAAAGAUUCCGGUAGACAUCCGGUUUAUCACGGCGUGAGGAUGAGGAACUGGGGAAAAUGGGUUUCAGAGAUUCGUGAGCCGAGGAAGAAGUCACGUAUCUGGCUCGGAACGUUCCCAACGCCGGAGAUGGCGGCGCGUGCACACGACGUGGCGGCUUUGAGCAUCAAAGGAAACUCAGCCAUACUAAACUUCCCUGAACUUGUUGAGUCAUUCCCUAGACCCGUCUCGCUAAGCCCUAGAGACAUUCAGACAGCUGCUCUUAAAGCAGCACAGAUGGAACCAACGACGUCGUUUACGUCAUCAUCAUCAUCUUCUACUUCUUCGCUUGAGUCUCUCGUGUUGGUGAUGGACCUCUCGAGGACUGAGUCAGAGGAGCUCGGAGAGAUCGUGGAGCUGCCAAGUCUCGGACCGAGUUACGACGUCAACGUAGAAAACGAGUUUGUGUUCUCUGACUCAGUAGACUACUGUUUUUAUCCUCCACCGUGGGGAGAGUUGUCGGAGGAUAGUUACGGUUACAACCAAGUCUUUUCAUGGGAUCUCUAACGACGUUUUUACUUAGUUUAUUUUUUUGUAUUAUCAUUAUUGUAAUCAUUUUCUUGUUUAAUAAGAACCCUAGCUAUUUUGUUUUUGAUUUCGUGGUGUAAGGGUUUUUUUUGGUGCGUGUGUGAGCUCCAUAAUGAAAUACGUGUACAAAACUCU